CAAGGUUACAAUGAAGGUAGAUCAGCAGUUCUUGCGAUGACACGCUGACCUUUCCAAAAUGGCGGACGCGUCGACGUAUCACAACAGCAGCUAAUAUGGCGUCUGCUCAUUUGGACUACUAGGUAUCCCACACUGCAUUUCGGGAAACGAAAACAGCAGUGAAUGGCGGCGCUCGCUCUCCGCAGAGCAACUCGGAGCUUCUCAGUGAGGAACAUCUGCUACCCGAACCGGCGUUUUUCUGGUGUUUAAGCUCGUUUCAGCUCGUUUCUGUACGCGAAAAUGAGGUGAAAUGUAGCCGAUAGACGUCUCAACAUGAUGAGGUUGAAAGUGAGCCGUGAGAGGUGUCGGUUCGCAGGAAUACUCCGUGUUUAUUCGGUGAAAUGAGAUGAAGCAGCCUGCUGGAUUGUCACUCUUGUGUUAGUCUAGUCUUUCCUUUUCCUUUUCCUUUUCCUUUUCCUUUUCAGCACAUUCUCCUGUAAAAGACUGUUUUUUUUUUUUCCUAUCUGGAUCAAAAGAUAAUCGAAUUAACCGACUGUGUCUGGCCGAAGAGAAAGAAGGAGAAAGAGGAGGAGGCAGGAGGCAGGAUUUUUUCUUUCCAGCUGGGGAAUGAUAAUAUGUCAAGACGAAAACAGACCAACCCUUUCAAAGUGAAUUGUAGGUAUCACAGGGCCGUUUCACAUGACAGGCUUCUCUGGCCUACAGCACGCUUCAGAGAUGGAGGCGAAAGACGACUUUGCUGACAACUCUGCACGCCACAGCGCCGACUGCGGAGACCUGGACGAGCAGGACGGCACCACCGAUGACAGCGACAGCGACUUGGACAAAGAGAACUCCUCCAGCUCCUCGGCUGAUGACAACAUGACGUGUCAUAAGGCGAGCCAGUGCUCCGUUCACAGUGGAGGCAUGAAGGAGGAGAGCGAGAGGGAGUCAGACCUGGGGGGUAAUUACGCAUGUCCCAUCUGCACUCUGGAGUUCGGCAGCGCAGAUCAACUCAUUGCACACGUCUACCAGCACACAUCGACGGUGGGUAGCAGUAAGAGUUACGUGUGCCCGGUGUGUGGACGAGCUCUCAGCUCACCGGGCUCUCUCGGACGUCACCUCCUCAUUCACUCAGACGACCGACUCUCCAACUGUGCGGUGUGUGGAGCUCGCUUUACCGACACCAAGAACUUCAACAGGGAAAAGCUGAAUGACUUCCUCAGUGCCAGUGAUUUAGGGAGCAGCAGCGGAGAUCAGACCUGCUCUAUGGUCCAGGCCGUGUCCGUGUCUGAUGGUCACAUGUCCAUCCAAGGGGCCAAUCACAGAACCUCUCUAGGUUCAGGCUUCCCCCCGCUCCCGGGCAGCCUCCUGUCCUCCGGAUCUUCACUGCCCUCUUUCCCCGACACCCUCAACCCGCUCCCCGACUUGUUAAACCCCAUGCCCGUGUAUCCAGCAGGCGUGCUGCUGGUGUGUAACAGCUGUGCUGCGUAUCAGCAGCUGGCGGGCAGUCCGUCCUCGGAGAUGAGAAAGUGGGCAUCACGGCGCAGGAACGAACCGGCCGAGGCGCGGAUGCAACGACUGGAACGCGAACGCGUGGCCAAGAAGAGCAAGCGCGAGCGCGAGACGCCCGAGGAGCGCGAGCUGAGACGGUUACGCGACCGCGAGGCUAAGCGCAUGCAGCGGCUGCAGGAGACGCAGGAACAGCGAGCGCGCCGGCUGCAGCGAGACCGCGAGGCCAUGCGCCUCAAACGCGCCACCGAGACGCCCGAAAGGAGACAAGCGCGGCUGGUGCGCGAACGAGAGGCUAAGCGGCUCAAGCGGCGACUUGAUAAGAUCGAACCAGCGUUGCGCGCGCAGAUCGAGCACGAUCCCGCCGCCGUGGCCGCGCUCACCGCCGACGUCAACCUCUUCCAGUUCCCCUUCCCCGUCCCCGUCUCCUCCAUGGACAACGGGCUGUUUAUGAAACUUCCCUAAUCCGACGGAAACGCAAAGACUAGCGGGCGCGUCAGAUUGUAUUGAGAUCAGAUUAUUCCAAGACUGCUUUGGACAGUCACAUGGUCACUGGCGAACGCUCUACAUCUAUUUAUAAGCAGGUGAUAUUCGUCCCGAGGUGAAAGUAGAAAUGCUGU